GCGAAGAGCAGUGACAACAAGGACCACGACUUCACAAAAUGGAGUUGAUGUUGAAAAAGCUACAAAGCCCAAGGACCCUUGUUGUUCUUGCUUUCAUCACAACGGCUACGGUUGUAUGUGUAUUGCCGAAUACAAACCAAAUCUUAGUAAAGGUCAAGAAUCAAUAUAUAUUCAACAAUACUGAGUAUGAUGCUUCAGAGGAAUAUGCGGAUGGAGACCAGGAUUCUCAAGAGAACAAAACUCAGACAUCAGCACCAGAGAUUAGCAUAGAAUGGUGGCAAAAAGAGUUAUGUAAGCCAGAAGUUUUGCAGCUUCAACCUACCACGACCUAUUUGAGGUUACCAAUGCUUGGCAGAGACAUCAUACCCAGCCCGAAUGACUACAAUGUGUUCUUGGGAGAGACCGCAUGCAAUCCUCAGCCACUGUAUAGGGCAUAUUGUUCUGUCGAAAGCUAUGCACACGAAAACCCGACAGCGAAGGUCUGGUACCACACUACAUCCCCGCUGAUCGACAACGGAGACGGCCUAUUCACGAACCUCGAAGAGGCCUACGAGAACCUGAAAGUUGUAGGCACUGACCUCACCAAGAUUUUCAAUGGAACUCCGUGCGAGAAAGUAUUCAUGGCAGGGAAAUGGGCGCACAAUACGCCUUGGCCUGCGAAUAAUAUAUCCAACUUGUUGAGAAAUGUGCUGCUGUGGCUGUGGGGAGGAUUGAACAGUGACACCGAUUGUAUCUGCGUGAGGAACCUUACCCACAUACGGAACAUGGUUUCUUAUGAUGAACAGGACAAAGUGGUCAACAACGCCAUCAUGCACUUCGACGCAGGGCACCCGUUCACCUAUGAGCUUAUGGAAUAUCUGAAGGAAAACUUCAAGGUAGCCACAUGGGUGGUCAACGGCCCUGGGGCAGCAACAGCCAUAGCGAAGAAGGUGUGUGGAACAGAGGAUCUGAACGAAGUUUUGCUCCAUCACUGUGCAAACGUGACACUGCGUCCUCUGAAGGAAAUGCAGCUGUUCCGAUGGCCUGACUGGAACAACUAUUUCCAGGACAAUAAAGGAGAACGUUUUGCGGAGGAGCAUCAAGAUGCCUUCAUCGUACAUUUGUAUAACUUAGCCAAAAAAACCAUCCGAAUUGGAAACAAGGGCAUCUAUGAUGAGAUUGCCAAAGCUCACUGCCCUAUCACUUACGCAGCUGCCAAACGGAGAGCCUACUUUUUCUAA